AUGUCGUCCAUGUCAGAUAUUUUCCGAGUCAUUCAACACACAGUACCAUCGCAUCGCCAAAACGAUGCCCUGGUCUUGUCCUUCAAACAGUAUAUUCCGUUGGAUAACCCUAACCCUCGUUCCGACGAUGUCACCAUUAUCGGAGCCCCCGGAAAUGGACACGUAAAGGAGCUUUAUGAACCCCUUUGGGAAGAACUGUACCAUCGCUCAAAGACAGCCGGUUUCCGGAUCCGCGGCAUUUGGAUCGCCGAUGGGACACAUCAGGGCAAAAGCGGCAUCCUCAACAAAAGUCGUCUCCAGAACAACCUCGACUGGCUCGAUCAUUCCCACGAUCUACUCCGCCUCAUCGAGAUCAAGCAUGCCGACAUGCCCGGUCCAAUAUUUGGGAUUGGACAUAGCAUGGGAGGAACCCAGCUGUGCGUCUUUGCAUACCUAUCUCGUCUGCAGCCUCACAUCCUGUACUCGCUUAUCCUCAUUGAGCCAGGCAUCGAUGAGCUCUCCCCCACCUCUGUUGUGCAACAGGGCAUUGCCCGCUGCGCACAACUCUCGCUCAGCUCUCCUGAUACAUGGCCUUCCAUCCAAGCCGCACAGGAGUUUACCGCGCGAAACCCCCUCUUCCAAACAUGGGACGCCCGCGUCGUAAAGCGUUGGCUGCAAUACGGCCUAUGUGAUGUAUCAUCAACCGAAACAGAAACUACACUUUCUUCCCAACAGCACAAUGAAACCAGCACCACCGCUGUAACACUGACGACCCCACGACAUCAAGAAAUGCUCGCCUACAAGCGCCCAGCUGAACCCGCCAGCUCCGACGUUUCUUCUCCUGGCAACAAGCCCUCCCCGUACUACCGCCCCGAGCCACACCGCGUCUUUGCCCAUUUGCCCCACCUCCGGCCAAGCACGCUCUACCUUAUUGGUGGCAAGUCCCCCUUGCGUUCACCGCACCUCCGGGAGUUGAGAUUGUGCUAUACCGGGACCGGCGUCGGCGGCAGUGGGGGCGCUGUCUGCGGACGGGUUCGAGAGACACAUGUUCCCGGGUGUGGACACUCACUAGGCUUGGAGGCUGUUGUGGAGUGUGCAGAUGAAUCUGCAUCUUGGCUUGGGAGUGAGCUUGAGCGGUGGGGUCGGGAAUCUCAUGAUAGGGGAAAAGGGAAUGAGGGGAAAGAGGCUGGGUCGCAAUACAGCCAUGGGGUGGAGAAUAAGGGGAUAAGGUCUAGGUUGUAG